AUGAAAGCAAUCAGAUGUAAAUCAAGCAGCCAAGUUAGCAGUCAAGUCAUGAUUCGCUUUGAACUUGUGCUUCUUUACCUGGUUCUGGUGACAGCUCAGAAGCAAAGCGAUAUUGCCUUUCAAAUUUUUCACGGAAAUAUCGAGAAGUACGAGCUUUGUGUGAAGCUAAUAAGGGUUUGUCGCAACGUCUGGGACAAGGAGCCCGACUACGGCGAUGUAAAGGAGCCAUUACCCGGUGAAAACGAGGUACAAGAUGAGGAUAAAGCUGAAUAUAGAAAGGCGCAUUGCGUGCCAAAGGGACUUUCGGCGUAUGGCGAACAACAGUUUUGGGAAAUUGCCGCCAAAUGGCAGAGGUAUAUUGACGACAGGUUCCUAAUCCAAAACCUUUUCAUGGUGAUCGAGACGACCAACAAGGGUCGGAAUAUCAAAAUGGCAUUCGGAAAAUGGCAAGGUUGGUGCAAUAGAACCGAUGUUCCCAACGAAUCAACAGAGCCAACUGAAACCGAGGAAGAAAGCACUGAAAGAAAUUUCAAUGAAAGGGAAGAACUGAAAUACUGCAAUGAAAAUGGCACAUUUGGCCAAUUUAUUUUUAGCGAGAUUGACGGAACUCGGAAGUUAGAUAGAAAUAUGAACAGAAUUUCGGAAAUUUUAAAACAGCUUGAAAAGCUAGCCAUUAAAAAUUGCUGUCCCUAUGAUUCAAUCAGAGAUCGCUUGGAGAUCAUAAACGAUGGCAUAGAUAUUCUCCAGAAUCUGCAGGGCAAAGAAUCUACUGAAAAGCCCGAGUACACUGAUUUAAAUUCAGAUCUUUCCAGACUUAAAACUAGAUUAGAGGACUUCAAUGUGAAAAAUGUUCAAGGAAGUGGUGCUAAUUACUCUACGGGAAAAUGUUGCCCCAACAUUUUAAUUGAGCUAAACAAUUAUAAAAAUAAUUUUUUAGAUAAUCUCGAAAAUAUAAACUCGCAGAAACCAAGCUUGAAUUUUCAGCCACUUCUGGAAAAGGCGAAAAACUUGCAAGAUAUUCUUUUAAGUCAACUAAAGGAUAUUCGUCAACUAGAAAGUUCUCUUGGAAAUAAAAAUAAUAAGAAUACUUGUUGUAACGACGGUAAAGAAAAGAUUAAGAAUAUUGAAAAAAUAUUAACAGACGUGGAGGUCAAAGAUUCCCUGGAAGAAUUAACAAAACUAAUAGAACCCUUAAAAGAAAGUCUAGCAAAAACGAAUCAAACACUCUCAGAUGCUGAAAGUCUUCUAAACCUGGAAAACGAAAGCAUACAGAAGCUGAAUUCCUUAUACGGAAAAGAAUGUCGUCACAAGGACACGCUUAUUAAGAAUCUACAUUUAAAUAUGUCCAACUUGGAACAUAAAAUCAAUAAUUUGAGCUCGAUAAAUUCCGUUGAUUGGCCAAAACUUAAGAAAUCUGUAGAGGCAGCCGACGAAAUGGUCAAAAAAAGUCCGUCGGUAUUAUAUAAUAUUACAAUUAUUAGAACGACAAUUAAAAGAACUCUUGGUAGAACCCAGACAAGCGAGGAUUUGGAAUCUAAAAAUUCCAGUUCGGUAAGAUUUUGCUCAAAUGAUUCUAUAAGAAUAAAUACGAGUUUGGAAAAAAUUAAUAAGGAUAGAAAAGAUACUAUCGCCUAUCAUGAGUUACAAGAUAAUAUUGACAAAGAGCGCAUUAAAGAAUUGCAAGAUAAGCAAAAAGAUCUUGAAAAAUAUGACCCAAAACCAAUUUUAAAAAGCGUUUUUAUCUAUCGCAACACUAAGCCAAGUUCUCUACAACUGGAAAUCAACCAACUAGAAAGAGAUUUAGAUAACUUAACAGAAAAUGGCAUCAACAAAUUGGACAGGCAACUGCAAUACACCCAAUUAAAAUUCGAAAUUGAAAAGGAGAAACUAGAUAGAAAAGUUGAAGAACAAUUAAAAAAUAUAAAUCUUUUCAGGGAAGAGAUGAAAAGGGAACAGGAUCUAAUUGACGAUCGCCUGGCUAAAUUAGCUGCAACGAUGAAAACUCCAACGGAAUACGACGAGAAACUGAGAAAAGUUGAGGCUGAAGCCCUGGAGUAUCAAAAACAAAUCGAGAGCUACGAGAAGGAACUUUUGCAACGCAUCGAUUCCUUGCAACAGCAAUUAAAGGACCUGGACGAGGCGGCGGAAAAUACUGAGCACAGGGCCGACAUUUGCGAUGCUGAAUGCGACUUUGGGGAUCUCGAUUCCGUGGACAAACUGAUUGGGAGGGUAAAGGCUGUCAAAUCUAAACUGGCGGUCGAGUAUAAACGCACUCCAAGUGCAAGGAAAGUCAAGCCAAGAAGGCAAAAGCCUAAAAAAAAAGCAGGCUAA